AUGCUUCACGGGCACUGCAUGAUCGACCAUACCGAAAAAUCGAUUAGUGUGCAUUAUCAAAAGAAAAGCAUAUGUGGUGGGACACAUUGCUACGGCGAUAAGCCGGCCCCAGUGGCUUUUGUGUUGCUAUUAACCGAAUGUUUGCUUUAUUCAACACGUGGUAUUAGUGCGGAAGAUUCAUACUUACACAAAGUGUAUUGUUUCAAUAUAUCAUCUCAUUAUGUAGAUUCUCCUACAACUUCGCACAACUUAACCACCAUUGGUUUGUUGGAGCAGUGGUACAGUCAAGCCCUGACGUAG